AUGGCGAGACUGUGGGAGCUCCUAUUAAUGUGCUGGGUGUGGAGUCCUCUGAGUCUCUCAUCCACAGUGAGCUUCAUCGGUUCAUCCCAGGAGUGUGAGAAGGCUAACUUUGUCCCAGGUUAUAACCUCGGAGGAGAAGGUUUUGACAUCGUCUCAGUGGAGAGGAAAGGCGCCUACGUCAUCGACACUGAAACAUGGAAUCUUGGAAACGGCACAUGCAGAAUGUACAGAAACACCUACAUGAACAGAGAGAUCCAGAAGGUCCCAGUUUCUGUGGUGGACUGGAGAGUCCUUCCUAAGUGCAGCUUGAAGGUUUCCAGUACUCUCUACGAUUCUGUUGAAACUCUCGUCAAUGAUUCCACAUCAUCGGUCUCCAAUGAUUGGAAAAUUGGUCUUGAUGUCCCCGUAAACCCUUCAGCCACUGUUGGUGUUGGUCUUGGAGGUUCCCACUCCAGGGCUUCUGAAUUUGGUAUGACAAAGUCCAAACAAGACCGCUACACCUUUGUUCAGCAUUCUGUUAACUGUGUCUUCUACGGGUACAGACUGACAACAAAUCCUCCGCUGAGCCAUGAAUUUCUAUCAGCUGUGAACUCUCUUCCUCCUUAUUCCAUCGCCAGUUCGCUACCUUAUCGCAAUCUGAUCGACACCUAUGGCACACAUUACAUAACACAGGUGUCUCUAGGUGGAGAAAUAAAAGCACUGACUUCUUUCAAGACCUGCAUGGCAUCCAUGAAUGGACUGACGGCAACAGAAGUUGGUGAUUGUUUGACAGUUGAGGCCUCUGUUAACGUUGUAAAUACUGGCAGUGUAAAUGCCAUGACCAAACACUGUCAGGACAAGAAAAAGAAACUGAACUCUGGACAAAGUUUCAGCUCUGAAUUUAGUGAGCGUGAAACACAAGUCAGUGGAGGAGAUAUUGAUGGAGAUUUACUCUUUCAAGGCCCAUCUAGCACUUGCAGCAAAUGGCUCAACUCACUGAAAAGCACCCCUGAUGUGGUCCGGUACAACUUAAAGCCCCUGCACACCAUACUGCCUGAUAAUCACCAUGCCAAGAUGGGACUGAAGCGAGAGGUGGAGCAGUACAUCAAGAAAAAUGCAGUGCUGAAGAAAUGCUCUGAAUCCUGUCAGAUUGGACACAGAUCCAACAAAAGAGAUCCAUGUGAUUGUGUCUGUAACAGUAACCAGAAUCUCAGGUCAAACUGCUGCCCUGCUGGGAAAGGUCUUGCAACAUUAAAGGUGUUCGGUCUUUAUGCAAAAAAUCUGUAUGGUGACAAGUGGACAGAGACAGAUGGUUCAGUUGAGGUUAAAUAUGGCAACCAGAUAAAGCGCACAAUUAUCAUCAGUAACAAUGACAACCCUAAAUGGCCAGACACAUUUGAAUUUGGACCCGUAGUCAUCAACAUGGCAAACAAACUUCAAUUUACUGUUUAUGAUGAGGAUUCCUACUGGGACAGUGAUCUGCUCGGUGAAUGUUCAUUUCAGCUGCGUAGUGGGCGAGUGACAGACAGCUGCAUGUUUGAUCAUGGUACCUUCUUCUUUUCCUACUUAGUGGAGUGUGCUCCAAGUCUUGGUGGUAGUCAGUGUCAGGAGUACAUGCCUUCACCCAUGAACCCCUCUUUGGCUGAAGUUUUCUACACCAGAAAUGGUGUCCUUCUUGGAGAAUCAAGGCUGAAAUUCAUCAAGUCAGACACAGGUUCAGACCGUCUGUCUGCUGAAACAAUGAGAAAAUAAAGAUCUAAAUUUACACUUUGCUUGUAGCUUUUAGCCGUCUUUAUAUGACAUUUGUGUUCAGAGAUAAUCAAGAAUAAUUUAGUCUCAAAUGUAUCUAACUCUGUAAGAAGUGAAAAUGAUUACAUACCUGCUGUUUGUUUCCUUUUAUUUGCAAAAUCUCACAUUAAAGCAUCAACAAAGGCAACACAUGUUCAGACCAUCUGUCAGCUGAAAUAAUGAGAAAAUCAAUGUCUAAAUUUACACUUUGCUUGCAAUUUCUAUCAGUAUAAGUUUAAUUUUCAUGUUCAGAGAAAAAACAUCUUUUUUGGAAUCUAAAUAUAUAUUUGUACGAUUACAUGAUUACACACCUGCUGUUUCUUUCCUUUUAUUUGCAAAAUCUUGCAUUAAAAGCAUCAACAAAG